AUGGUUUUCUUUCUUCUCUUCCUGCCUGCUUCAUUUGGAGACGCGAGCUAUUCCAUUCCGGAGGAGAUGAAACGCGGGUCUGUUAUUGGAAAUAUCGCAAAAGAUCUUGGUCUAGAUGAACAAAGCCUGUCUGUGCGCAAAGCCCGCAUAGAUGCUGGAGGUAGCCGUCGAUGUUAUUGCGACAUUAAUCUGAAUUCUGGUGAUUUGAUUGUGUCUGACAGAAUUGACAGAGAAGCACUUUGCGGACAGAAGGCUUCAUGCGCGUUAAAAUGUGAACUUGUGUUGGAGAAUCCUCUGGAAAUACACCGUAUACUGAUUCAUAUUAACGAUAUUAAUGACAACUCUCCACAGUUUGACAAUGAUGUUAUUAAAUUGGAAAUUACGGAAUCGGCAGAUAAAGGUUUUCGUUUCCCGUUAGAUGAGGCCCACGACGCGGAUAUAGGGCUGAACGCGGUCCAAAGCUACACCCUACAAAGGAAUGAUAACUUUGUUUUGGCACUUCAUUCAAAUGCCGACGGAGGAAAAUAUGGUGAGUUAGUAUUAGAAAAAGAGUUGGACCGCGAAGAUAAGCAAGAGUUUACGUUAUUGCUUACCGUAGCUGAUGGAGGGACACCUAUGAAAACCGGUACUGUAGUCAUACACGUCAUCGUGCUGGAUGCCAAUGAUAAUAUUCCUUUGUUUAGCCAGGCCGUUUAUGAAGUGAGUCUGCCUGAAAAUUCUCCUUUAGAUACUGUUGUGGUUUCAGUCAGUGCUGCUGAUGCAGAUGAAGGAGCCAAUGGUGCCGUGACGUAUGAUUUUGCCCGUGUAUCAGGGGAAGUGGAUAAAUUAUUUUCGCUCAACCGCAAAGAGGGAGAGAUAAGACUGAAAGGACUGAUUGAUUUUGAGGAGGAGUCAAACUACGAAAUACGAAUCCAAGCAAAAGAUGGUUCGGGUUUGUCUUCUUAUGCGAAAUUAAUUAUAGAAAUCACUGAUGUGAAUGACAACGCCCCUGAGAUAUUUUUGAAAUCUCUGAAGAAUCCCAUCUCUGAAAGCGCAAUACCUGGCACAGAGGUGGGCAUCAUUAAUGUCCAGGAUAAAGAUUCAGGUGCAAAUCAACAGGUCCGCUGCUCCAUUCAGCAAAAUGUUCCUUUCAAGUUAGUCCCCUCCAUCAAAAAUUAUUACUCACUUGUAACUACAGGAGAACUCGACCGCGAACUGGUGUCUGAUUACAACAUCACAAUUACAGCUGUAGAUGAGGGCUCUCCACCACUAUCCUCUUCAAAAACUGUGCAAUUAUCUGUAUCAGAUGUGAAUGACAAUUCGCCUGCAUUUGACCAGCAGUCUUACAGCGCCUAUGUGACUGAAAAUAAUAAACCGGGCACCUCUGUUAUUUCUGUAAGGUCAAGAGACCCGGACUGGAGGCAGAAUGGGACUGUUUUCUAUUCUCUCUUGUCCAGUGAGGUCAGUGGUGUUCCUGUGUCCUCAUUUCUAUCCAUUAAUGGAGACACCGGAGUGAUCCACUCUGUCAGAUCAUUUGAUUAUGAGCAGUUCAGAAGCUUCAAAGUGCAGGUUGUUGCCAGAGACAACGGCUCUCCUCCACUCAGCAGCAACGUAACAGUGAGUGUGUUCAUAACAGAUGAGAAUGAUAACUCUCCACAGAUAUUAUAUCCUGCGCCUCUGGGUAACUCCAUGAUGACAGAGAUGGUCCCCAAAGCUGCUCAUGCCGGCUCUCUGGUUUCCAAGGUGAUCGCUGUGGAUGCAGACUCUGGACAGAACGCCUGGCUGUCCUAUCAGAUCCUGAAAUCUACUGAUCCGGGACUUUUCACCAUUGGCCUCCACAGUGGAGAGAUCAGGGCGCAGCGGGACAUUGCUGAAUCUGAUACUAUGAAGCAAAACCUUGUUGUUUCAGUGAAAGAUAAUGGACAGCCAUCCCUCUCAACAACCUGCGCAGUAUAUUUACUGAUUUCAGAUAAUUUAGCGGAAGUUCCAGAGCUGAAAGACAUGUCAUAUGAGGAGAACAGCUCCAAAUUAACUUCAUAUUUGAUCAUUGCUCUCGUCUCUGUUUCCACCUUCUUCUUGACGUUCAUUAUCCUAAUUGUGGUCGUGAAGUUUUGCCGUAGAAGAAAGCCAAGGCUGUUGUUUGACGGCGCAGUGGCCAUCCCCGGCGCAUAUUUCCCACCCAACUAUGCGGAUGUGGACGGAGCAGGAACACUUCGCAGUUCUUACAAUUAUGACACUUACUUAACGACGGGUUCACGCACAAGCGACUUCAAGUUUGUUCGGUCGUUUAAUGACGGCACGCUGCCCGCUGAUCAGACGCUGAAGAGGAGCCCCCAGGAAACUCGUGAGCUGGGCGAGACGACAGAGAAUGGAUCAAAAUUCUCCACUCUGGUAAAACUACCGCUCUAA